AUGCCUUCGACUUCGCGGUCGCGGGGCUCCGGCCGUGGGCCGGAUGGAGCGCCACGGCCUCAAGUCAUAGCUCCCAUGUCGGAGCGGCAGCAGUUGGCUCUUGUGAUGCAAAUGUCAUCAAAAGAUGCACCUCCAGCCGCUCCGACUCCUGCAGAAGAAAGAAAGCGUACAAGGCAACAGCGUAACGAGCGCGGUGAGACACCAUUACAUGUCGCUGCCAUAAGAGGAGACCAUGAUCAAGUGAAAAAGCUGUUAAACCAAGGUCAAGAUCCUGAUGUACCAGAUUUUGCUGGAUGGACCCCUCUUCAUGAAGCAUGCAGUUAUGGUUGGCACCAAGUAGUUGUUGUUCUUGUUGAUGGGGGUGCCAAUGUGAAUGCAAAGGGUUUAGAUGAUGAUACACCCCUACAUGAUGCUACAACAUCUGGCAAUCUCAAGAUGGUUAAGUUUCUUAUAGAACAUGGUGCUGAUCCAUUUGUUAAAAAUAGCAAGGGCAAAACUCCAUGUGACUAUGCAGCUCCUCAUAUUCUUGAGUAUCUGCAAUCACUUAAAGAUAACGCGAGAGCUGCCUACGCCGGAAGAACAAGGGAUGACAGCGUCAAGAAGGGUGGCAAUGCAAAUAGCAAUAGCGAUAGCAAUAAGCGAAGUAGCAUGGAGGGGCUAGCGCCGGGCGACCCCUUUGAUAAUAAAGAGGCCGCCUCCCAGGAAAAAAACUGCAAUGUGAUAGGAAGGGAUGAGGGAGUGCAGCUGAGUAGUGGUGUGGUAUCCUCUACUCAAGACGAAACGACUUCUGGCGCAAAACGGACUUAUGCUGAUGAAGGUCAGGAGGCUGAAGUUAACGAGGAUGAAGUCACCAAACGCAAGAAAAGGAAGGAUAAUAAUGAAGACAAGGAACCGAUGGCGAAGCCUGCUCCUGUAGGCCGUGGUGGACCUGGCCGAGCACUGACUGGGGGUAAGCCGCCGGGACCAGCUAGCAAAACAGGCGCGUCACCGAUAGGCAAAGGAGGCGGCCAAGGUGGCAAGGGUUCCGGAGGUUCGGGAAAGGGAAACUCGCAGUCGGGGAAAGGCGGAACUGGAGGAAAAGUAAACAGUCAAGGGCAUCAAGGCAAAUCUGGCGGCGCGAAAUCUCAAUCUCAAGGUAAGCAAGAUAGGAAGAGUCCAGUUGCCAGUCCGAAAGCAAAUCAAGCUAAGGAUAAUGCAGAUGCAGAUUCUGAAGAUCAAAAGAACACCGAGUCCGCGCCUAAAGUUCCACCUUUGAAGAUUGUUAUCCCUGGAGGUGCUGGUGGUUCAGGCAGUAGAAAUGAACAAGAAGAAGGUGGCACUGGACAAAGAGGUAGUGGAAAAGGAAGAGGGAGUGGUACAUUGCCAUAUGUAAUACCUUGCACCAGCAAUGAUACAGGUCAAACAUCCGAUAGCUCUGAUGGCAACUGUGAGGACAAAAGGCUCAGUGAAUGUGGCAAGGCGGGCCAAAGAGUGCUGCGCUCACAUAGGACAAAUGAUAAUGAUAAGGAUAAAGAAAGAACAUCACCACAAACUGGUUCCGACACUCGUUCUGGAAGCCAGAAUCAAGCUUUAAAUGCAAACAAAAGUCCCCCAGUCUCAGGAUCUGGUCAAGAUCACCAUGACCAUCACCAUGCAUCUGGUAGAGGUGAAACAUCGGAGUUACAUCCGAGGAAGCGUAAGAUCAAGACACCAAAGGAUAGCCACUCGAGAGACACAUCAAAGAACGAGGCGUCGCAGGAGAACAGCCUGGCGCAUACCAUUUCCCAUUCCAAUCCAUAUCAGAUGUACAUUCACAUCCGCAAGCAGAUUGACCGUCGACAAAAGAGCCUGUUCCCAGUAAAGCCAAAACCACCAAAAGAUUUUAACAAGUAUUUAAUGAACCGUUGCACCUACACUCUUCAAAGCAAUGUGAACCCCGAGCCGCCAGUUGAGGUGCCUGUUAAUAUGCCAUCACAGAUGGUGAACGAAUUUCUUACUCAGGAGAAGGAAAGAACUCGCUUGCGUAUUCAACAUCUGGUAGAGAAGGAGAAAUUGGUGCUGGCUGUGGAACAAGAGAUUUUAAGAGUGCACGGGAGAGCCGAACGCGCUGUGGCUAAUCAAGCACUUCCGUUCUCGGUGUGUACGAUCUUGCGCGACAAAGAAGUGUACAACGUGCUAGCACCGGAGCAGGAGGAGAAACGCAACGCGCAGCGCUCCCGCUGCAACGGCAGACAGAUCAACUCGUGGCUUCAAGAGGUCGACGAUAAGUGGGAGAAGAUCAAGGAAGGUAUGCUUCGACGGCAGCACACGGAAGCGGAGACGUUGCACGCCGUGCAGAUAAUGGGCUGGGAGUGGAAAUUGAAGGAGUUGGGCAUGUGUGACUAUAAGACCACACCCAAAAUAGAUCCCACUCAUGUGCCGCAGAUACACGUUUCGAAUUUUGACUUGCCCGCU